GUUCAAUACAAUGCGUGUCAGCUCGUCACUUGUGGUGUGAAAUAGUAUAUCUUCACUAUACAGCGUCACUAUUUAUCUAAAUCUAGCUCGUCUAUAGUACAUACAACAAUAGCAAGAUGCACCCUCAACUAGAGAUAGGCAAUAAGCUGCAAGCGGUUCCUGGUGUCCUCGGUUCCACCAAGUCUCGUCGAAUUGCAAAGCUAGUGCUCCAAGCAAUCGUAGUCUUUGCGAUUGUCUGGGGUCUUGCUUCAACACAUAAGCCCAGGAAUGUUCCUAUGCCUAAGGUCCUAGGUGCGAUCGACCCAGAAGUCGAUCUUGAAAAGAAUGAAUUCGUCAUGUAUAGAUCAAUUGGAAAUGACUUGCCACCCCGACAUGAG